CCGCACUUUUCUGUGCCGUAACAGUCCUCAGCAGUGAUCCUGCGCCCACUGGAACCGUCUAAUAAAAAAGCAGGAGCAAACACAGGCGUUAUAUAACUUGAAAUAAGCGACCGCGCACCUCGCUGACCGUCUCCGCUCCGUUUAAAACGCGCAUUUCCCUCCAGCGCGACUCGUCCACGUCAGCGGAGACGCGCAUGUUGUCGCGGAGAGGGGACUGCGGCGCGAGGAGCGCUAAUCGUCUCCGGCCGGCGGCGAUAUAAACAUGUGACCGCUGCGCGGCCGCUCAGUCGCUGCUGACCGCACCUGGCGGGAUUUACGCACGGAGGACGAACUCUGCUCCAGCUCCGUGCGGCGAACUGCGGGGAGGAGAUGACGGACAGCGCGGAGCCGGGCGCUCAGAUAGAGCCGCUGCUGCCAUCGGCCAGUCCUUCCUUUGUGUCAUCAGUUGGUCGUAGAAGUUUGAGGAAUGACGACGAGGCCGUGGUGGACCGAGGCGGGACGCGGUCCCAGCAGAGCACCAACUUCGAGCAGGAGGACCUCGAAGGCCACAGGACUCUCUACAUCGGGGUCCACGUCCCAUUGGGAAGUACCAGGCACCGCAGCCAUCACCGGCACCGUCACCAUGGAAACAAACACAGGAGAAAGAGCCGAGACCGGACCCUCACCCUGGUUGAGGGCAGGGAGUCUCCUGUUUAUGACACGCCCUCUCAGAGGGUCCAGUUCCUGCUGGGCGCCGAGGACGACGACGAGGAGCACAUACCCCAUGACCUCUUCACGGAGAUGGAUGAAAUCUGCGUGAAGGAUGGGGAGGACGCCGAGUGGAGGGAAAGCGCCAGGUGGCUGAAGUUCGAGGAGGACGUGGAGGACGGAGGCGAGCGCUGGAGCAAGCCCUACGUGGCCACGCUGUCGCUGCACAGCCUGUUCGAGCUGCGCAGCUGCAUCAUCAACAGCACCGUGCUGCUGGACAUGAGGGCCCACACCGUGGAGGAGGUGGCAGACAUGGUGCUGGACCACCAGGAGCUCCACUCGCCGCUCGGGGACGAGCUGAGGAGGAGGGUGCGGGAAACGCUGCUGAAGCAGCAUCACCACCAGAACCAGAAGAAGCUGGCCAACCGCCUGCCAAUCGUCCGCUCCAUCGCCGACAUGGGUCGAAGGUCGUCGGAGCUGCACUUGGAUAAAAAUGGUCAGCUGACGGCCUCCCAGUCUCAGCUGGCGGGUCCAGAUGGGAAAGGGGACGUGAGCAGAGAGAACAGUUCUGUGGACUUCAGCAAGAUAGACCUCCACUUCAUGAAGAAGAUCCCGCCGGGGGCGGAGGCGUGCAACGUCCUCGUGGGAGAACUGGACUUCCUCAACAAGCCCGUGGUGGCGUUCGUGCGGCUCCUGCCGGCGGUUCUGCUCAGCGGCCUGACGGAGGUCCCCAUCGCCACCAGGUUCCUGUUCAUCCUCCUGGGGCCACCCGGUCGAGGGCCUCAGUAUCACGAGAUCGGAAGGUCCAUCGCGACGCUCAUGACGGAUGAAGUUUUCCAUGAUGUCGCCUAUAAAGCGAAAGACCGAAAUGAUCUGAUCGCUGGGAUUGACGAGUUCCUCGACCAGGUGACCGUCCUGCCUCCCGGAGAGUGGGACCCCUCCAUACGGAUAGAGCCCCCCAAAAAUGUUCCCUCCCAGGAGAAGAGAAAGAAAAGUAACUUGUUACCCAACGGAUUAGUGGAGGGAGACGAGGAAGAGGAGCACGGCGGCCACGGGGGCCCAGAGCUGCAACGCACCGGGAGGUGGUUCGGCGGCCUCCUCCUCGACGUCAAGCGCAAGGCGCCCCACUACCUGUCCGACUACACCGACGCCAUCAGCCUGCAGUGCGUGGCCUCCUUCCUCUUCCUCUACUGCGCCUGCAUGUCCCCCGUCAUCACCUUCGGCGGGCUGCUGGGCGAGGCCACCGAAGGACGCAUCAGCGCUAUCGAGUCACUGUUCGGGGCCUCGCUGACCGGCAUCGCCUACUCCCUGUUCGCCGGGCAGCCCCUCACCAUCCUGGGCAGCACGGGGCCUGUUCUGGUAUUCGAGAAGAUCCUGUUCAAAUUCUGCAAGGAGUACGAGCUGUCCUAUCUGUCGCUGAGGACCUGCAUCGGCCUGUGGACGGCCUUCCUCUGCAUCAUGCUGGUGGCCACGGACGCCAGCUCCCUCGUCUGCUACAUCACGCGCUUCACCGAGGAGGCCUUCGCCUCGCUCAUCUGCAUCAUCUUCAUCUACGAGGCGCUGGAGAAGCUCAUCCACCUGGGCGAGCAGUUCCCCUUCAACAAGAACAACGACCUGAACAAGCUCACCAUGUACUCAUGCUCGUGCGUGGAGCCUUCCGACCCCACCAAUGGCACCCUGAAAUUCUGGGAGCUCAACAACAUCACUGCGUCGGAAAUCUACUGGGAAGCGCUGGAGGUCAAGGACUGUGUUGAAAAGCGAGGGGAGUUCUUAGGCAGCGCCUGCGGCCCUCACGGCCCCUACGUCCCCGACGUGCUCUUCUGGUGCGUCAUCCUCUUCUUCUCCACCGUCUUCAUGUCCGCUUUUCUGAAGGAGUUCAAGUUCAGCAAUUACUUUCCCACCAAGGUGAGGUCCAUCAUCAGUGACUUUGCUGUUUUCUUCACCAUCCUUACCAUGGUCUUAGUCGACUACGCCUUAGGGAUUCCCUCUCCGAAACUAAAGGUUCCCAGUGUUUUUAAGCCAACUAGAGACGAUCGGGGCUGGUUCAUCAACCCGUUGGGGCCCAACCCCUGGUGGACGGCGGUCAUCAGCGUGGUUCCCGCUCUGCUCUGCACCAUCCUCAUCUUCAUGGACCAGCAGAUCACCGCUGUCAUCAUCAACAGGAAGGAACACAAGCUCAAGAAAGGCUGCGGGUACCACCUGGACCUGUUCAUGGUGGGGCUGAUGCUGGGCGUGUGCUCGCUGAUGGGCCUGCCUUGGUUCGUGGCCGCCACCGUCCUCUCCAUCACGCACGUCAACAGCCUGAAGCUGGAGUCCGAAUGCUCGGCUCCGGGGGAGCAGCCCAAGUUCCUGGGCAUCAGAGAGCAGCGCUUCACGGGCCUCAUGAUCUUCACCCUCAUGGGCUGCUCCGUCUUCAUGACGUCUGUGCUGAAGUUCAUUCCUAUGCCCGUGCUGUACGGAGUCUUCCUUUACAUGGGAGCGUCUUCUCUCAGAGGAAUUCAGUUCUUCGACCGGCUGACGCUCUUCGGGAUGCCGGCCAAGCACCAGCCAGACUUCGUAUAUCUGCGUCACGUGCCCCUGAGGAAGGUGCACCUCUUCACCAUCACCCAGCUCAGCUGUCUGGUUCUGCUCUGGGUCAUCAAGACGUCCAGGGCGGCCAUCGUGUUUCCUAUGAUGGUGCUGGCGCUGGUGUUCAUCAGGAAGCUGAUGGACUGCGUCUUCACCAAGCGAGAGCUGAGCUGGCUGGACGACCUCAUGCCAGAGAGCAAGAAGAAGAAGCUGGAGGACGCUGAAGAGGAGGAGGAGCAGAGCAUACUGGCAGAGGACGAAGGAGUGGUACAAGUUCCACUGGAAGGAUACAAAGGAAUACCCAUCAUCAAUAUCACGGAUGAAAUGUCUAAAGGGUCCUUUGGAAACACUUGGAACGCCAACAGCUAAGGCAUCUGGGAAAUAAUUCAAACUUUGAGCAAUGUUGAACACUCACGCUUUGUUGGUGCUGACAGUAAUGACCAAGCAGCUCAACCCAACUUCGGUCCAAACAGGAACUUAUUCAGCACCUUAUAGACUAACAAUAAAGCCAUAAUUAGUUCUGGGUGACGUGUGGGCACUAAUGAGCUCAGGUGAACGUUUCAGUACGGAAACACUGCUGGUAGCGAGCUACGGGGUUGGCUGCUGUUUGCUCGUUAAGUCUCUGUCCCCGUGGCUCAGUAAUACUUUAGAUUUAUCCGUAACUGUGUUCAUUUAUAUAAAAGAGCCAGUUCGUAUCAUUUCUGUUGAUUUAAAUACACAUAAAUAAGAACAUGCUCCUAAUAUUGUAAGUACACAGAAAUCUCAAUAAUAAUGUGUUUUCUAUCUAUUAUCCUUUUUUAAAUAGCCCAGUUGAACAUAGUGUUAUAUGAUAAUAGAGCAAUGCUAAUUGUAAAGUAUUUUGUUAAACCUGCAGUAUUUUUACAUUCUGGUAUUUGGCUGCUUGAUCCUCUGCUGGUUCUCUAAUAUGUGUCUGUGAUAGUAAAUAGAAGCAUUGUCAACACGCACACGGUUUUACAGCUGCGCGUCUCCGGUCUGACUGAGACCACGUUGCUCUCGGUGCAGUGUGUCGCUCCUCCAGCUUCGGUUUGUGAAACCUCUGUGUCUAGAACAAUAACAGUGUUUUCUGGUGUAUUGCAAAUAUCCCAACUCCUAAAGAACCAUUGAAAACCACUUUUCAUUAUCAUUCUUUGUGUUACGUCACCUUUGACUUUGUACUUUGUUAUUAUCUGAAUUUAACAAUAUAGAAGAUUGGUCCAAUUAAGAGACCUUUUCUUUUUGGAUGAGUUUGUACAGACUUUGUAUUUUGAAUAUUUACAUAUCCUCUGUAUCUGUUUAUUUUCUUUCCGUUCUUGGUGUUUUAUUUAGAGUGUGGUGUGAAAUUAAUAUGAAGUUCUAAUAACUAUAUACUUUGAAAGCUUUAGGUCACUGCCGACCACUUCAAAUCCUUGGGAAAGCCAUAUGUUAAUGUGUACAAAUACUUUGCACACUUGGAUGCGUGACUGAUAAGCCUAAAAUAAACACGCGGCUUAAUGUCUGUCAAGCUUUUGCUUUUAAAUAUUUACUAAAGGGCAAUUUAGCGCAAAUCUUUCGAGAAUCAAAUAAAUGGUUCUUUUGCUUUAAUGUCAACAAAUGUCUUUAAGAAAUGAUGUCUGUAUUUAUUUUUUAGAAUAAAAGUAACAAAGUAUUUACUGUAUGUUGUUUAUGUUGUAAAUGUAAAUCCAGUGUAAAUAUAAAUGUGUUUAUUAUUAUAAUAUGUAAGUUGAUAAGAUGUUUAGUUUUAUGUCAUAUGUUCUAUUAAUGGAGGUAUCCAAGUAUUAGGUUUGAUCUGUGAAGGUUUACUUAUUUUCUAAAACACACUUUAUGUUUAUCCUGUCACUGCUGGUUUAACGUAAUAAAUUUCUAUGAGUA